CGGGGUGACGUCAUUAAAUGGCGUUUUGAUGGCUUAAAAGUUGAGAAGGAAGUGCUUUGAAAGUUUGAUUGUAGAUAGUCUAGUUUAUUAAUCAUUCCUGUAAGCUCUUUCAUACCGGCAGCUGGAUUAUAUUGGGGAGUAGAUAGAUGGAUAUGUAUCGUUUCUAAAUUAGCUUUUGUAUUUUACUUGUUAGUGUGUAGUGCCAGAUCAUCAACUAAAUAAAAUUAUGAACGGAUUAUCGUUCAGUGAGCUCUGUUGCCUUUUUUGUUGCCCACCUUGCCCGUCUCGAAUCGCGGCCAAGCUUGCAUUUCUACCACCUGAAAAAACAUACGACCUUAUAUCAGAUGAAACAGGAUCUCGGUACAGUUUACAUUUAACAGAAAGAGCAGAAUGGCAGUACAGUCAACGAGAGCUUGACAAUAUUGAGGUUUUUUAUACCAGAACAACAAAAAAUAACAGGAUUGUGUGUAUGUUUGCUAGGUGCUCAACAAAUGCCAAGUUUACUAUUUUAUUUAGUCAUGGAAAUGCAGUUGAUCUCGGACAGAUGAGCAGCUUUUAUAUUGGUCUAGGAUCAAGAAUAAACUGUAAUAUUUUCAGUUUUGAUUACUCAGGGUAUGGCGCCAGUGGAGGUAAGCCUUCUGAGAAAAAUAUCUAUGCAGACAUUGAUGCAGCUUGGCAGGCUUUGAGAACCAGAUAUGGGAUAAGCCCACAAAAUAUUAUCCUGUAUGGUCAAAGUAUAGGUACUGUGCCUACCAUAGACCUUGCCUCUCGUUAUGAAGUAGGAGCUGUCAUUCUUCAUUCACCACUGAUGUCUGGCAUGAGGGUUGCCUUUCCUGAAACUAAAAGAACUUGGUUCUUUGAUGCUUUUCCCAGCAUAGACAAAGUGCCCAAAAUCACAUCACCUGUCUUAGUCAUUCAUGGAACAGAAGAUGAAGUGAUUGAUUUCUCCCAUGGUUUAACAAUUUAUGAGCGUUGCCCUCGCACAGUGGAGCCACUUUGGGUUGAAGGUGCUGGACACAAUGAUGUAGAACUUUAUGGACAGUAUCUCGACAGACUGAAACAGUUUAUCAACGUGGAGCUAGCUGUCAAUUGACUAGCAGCCACAGAGGAAAUUGUUCAAGACGGACAAGACACCGCACAGGAAGAGUCGGAGAUAACUGUUCCUGAGGCACCGGAUGCUACAGCUGAUGAAGAAGACAUUUCCUCCUCACAGCAGAAAGCACAGGCCACCUUGUCCUUACAGCUGCCUCCACCUGAGGAGAGAGUUGUAUGACGGUAGCUAUAGACAUUAGCACCAACACUCUUUUGACUCCAUUACUUGUCAUGUUCAUCAAACUUCGUUACAUGGAAAGUGAAAUUUAUAGUAUUUGAUAUAAUUUAAAAAAUUUACUUGUUUUUAAAAUUUGCCUCUGCGUUUUGUAUAACUAAAUCUUAAAUAAAGAAUUCUUCCAUCCAUUCCUUUGAUAGUUUGUCUUACUCAAGUGUUCAUUUUAAUAAUAAUUCUAUUAAAAAGUGGCAUUUCAAAGCAAAAAGAAAAUUUUGAAUUUAAAUUUCAUAUUUCAAUUUUAAAUAACAUAAGAUGAACAUGAUAUUAAUGUUGUUAAAAUGAGCUUGAAUUAUUUUCCUCUGUGAGCAAGAUAUUAUUUUUUGGACUACACUAUUACAUUCAUAUACAUUUUUUGUUACUUUUCAAAAAGUACUAUGAAUGAAGAUGUUUGUGUGUUAACGCCAUGACAUUUCAUAUACAAUUGUUUGUGAAAUCUAUUUUCUGGAAUACAAGCUUGGUGGGUGGAUUCAUGAUUGUUGCUCCACAUCUUAUUAUCUAUUGAUGUGAAUGGUAUUUAUUACAUACUUAAUUCCAAAGUCUUUUAGUCUACCCUUACUCCAACAUUCACAAAAUUAAAUACAUUUUUGUCCUGUGACAGAAACAAUUUUUAAUGAAAACACAUCAAGUUUUGUGGGGUAAUUGCCUAGUAGAAAUUAACUUAUGAAGCUUAUAUUAUGGUAUUGUGAAAAUCAUGUUUGUAUUUCUUUAUUCGCCAUUUGCAAAGUUAAUUGAAAGUAAAGGAAAAUAUUGAAGCACAUGGGGAUUAUAUAAUAAUCAGACAACUUGUGCUUAAAAUGAGAUGAUAAGCUUGUAAUCCAUGUCAGUAUCAACUGGGACCAAAAGGUACAAGCUUUUAAUUUAUAUUCAAAUAAUGUAUUAUCGUAGCUGAAAAAUGUAAUUUAAAGUUAUUGAAAAUUUGGUCAUUUCGCUCAACAGAAGUCAAUAGAAAGUGAACAAGUUUAUUUAAAAACAACGUGACAGCAGAAAUAUAAAGUUGGGUAUUUAGAGUUUUAGAAAAGUCAUGUGUUGCAUUAGAUGUUAGGUUAACUUAUCCCCCUUUACCACUUUCUAUGUCAAGUAUUGAGCUGACAAUUACUUAUGUUUUAACAUUCUUCUGUGUACAGUACUUGUUAUAUUGUAAUUUAGGAAGUGAUGGUUACUUUAUGUGAAAGGUUUAAAAGAUCAUUCUCAUAAGCAAGUUAGGUGAGAAUUUUAUUUUGUUUACAUUCAUUUACUGUUCUAGUACUUAAAUUAAUGUCACUGAAUGGCAUCGCUUAUACUUGUGCCGAGGUUUGACCCUAUUAGAUGCCACCAGUGUUGUUCGUUGUAUUAGUCACGUUUGUGGAAACUGUGCAGUGUGAUUCUUUUUCUUUUCUUUGUUUUAUCAUGUUGUUCAAUUGCAGGAGGAGAAUGAAAACACCACAUAGUUUAAUCAUGGUUGUGAAUUGAGAAUAUUUGAAAUAUAUGGUUUGUAAUUGUUAAUAUGUGAGUAACAAAAGUAGUCUGUUCAAUAUGUAUAUUAAUAAGGAUCCAUAAACAUAAUGGAGAGCAUCUUAUUUUUUGUGCGUGCAAAGAUCAUUAACAUUUUGAUAAAUCAGCUGGGUAUGUGCUGGUUUAUUCAAAUAUAAAAUUUGUGUCUUGCAGUUUGUUAAUAAUUUUUAUUUAAAUUUCAACCGUGGAUCAAAAUGUGAAAGAACUUUCAACAUUUUUAACAUUUUAUUCAACAUUAUACAUUACAAAAAUUAUUACUUUUGUUCCAGUUUAAUUUUUUUUUUUCUGUAUUUGAAUUUGUUUCUCCUGGUUCAUUUUAUAAUACAAUUUUGCUUGAAUUGCUUUUGAGUAACAUGAUGUUUAUCAAGAGAGAAGCAGGCUGUGCUCAUGGUAUAACUUAUUCAUGCUCAAAAAGUAGCUUAAGUAUUUUUUAUCAAGUGAUUAUUACCACAUUAUACAUGAAUUUACAAAAGUUUAUGAUCUAUUAACUAAUAACUGUAAAGUUAACAUGUUUCAGGUAGUGUAGAAUAUUAUUAGUAAAAUUAAGUGAUUUUUUUUUAUAACUGUUCACUUAAUAUAUUUUAUUAUUUGCUAUUGAAUCUUUAAAAAUUUGCUAGUUAUUUUUCCAUUUAAGAAUAACUUCUAGAUCUGGGUAUUCCUUUAAAAAAAAUUAAUAAAAAAUAUCGCCUAAAAAGAUUGUGCAAUAUUUAAUUGCUUUAUGAGUGUUAAAUCACCAGGAACUUGUGUCAGUUUAAAAUGUGUGGUAUUGCUUUUUGAAAUGGUUGCUUUCUGGUUUGUUAUGUUUGAUGGUUUAGUUGCCUUACAGUUUCUUACGAUAAUUAAUUGCAAUAAUUUUUCUACAACUAAAUAGCUCAGUAAAUUUCCUUCUUGUUAAUAAUUGUAAUUGAACAUUUACAAAUGAUUUUAGGCAAAGUUGAUGAUUUUACGUUUUUUUACUAACUUAAGUUUAUAAUCCGUUAUAUAAAUGACUAACACAUUUUCUAUAAUUUGACAUUUCUUUAUUUUAUAGGUUUCUUAUGGUAAAGAUAUUUUUUUUUGCUUGGUUUCAUGUCUAAAAGAUUAUUUUUGCUGUCAUUAUGUUUCAAAUUUUAAGUAACAGGCCUCUGUAUUUAAUGUCAAUGAAGUAUUUUAGAUUGUUCAUUUUAUUGUGUUCUCUGCCUACAUAAAGAAUGUCACUUUUUUCUGUGUUUCUCAAAUUAUUCUUGUUAAAAUAAAGGUUGUCUUUAUACACAGCUGUGUGAAGAAAUAAUUCAAAUGUGUCUCAGUCUAGCUAGUGUAAUCUCACGGUUGAUUGAUUUCUUCGAAUCUAAAGUAUGAUUUCAGAAAUUAAAAAAACUAGAUUUACUUUUUUGAUUGCCAUGUCUGUACUAGUCAAGGGGAUGAACAAAUAUUGUUUUAAUGGUCCAUCUGGAUGUGCACACUUUAUUUAAAUACGGUACAUGGUUUCUUUGCAGGAGUAAAAAUAGAAGAAAACUGUUUAAAUUUAUUUUUAAAAACAGUUAUAAUCAAUCAAUGCUACAUAUUUUUUCCCAAUUUUAAACCAUUUACAAAGUGACACAUGUCAAAGAAAUACUUUUCUGACCACAUUCAGUUUUAGCAAUUGAAUUAAUUGUAUCAAAUGAUCCCUAUUUUGUGAUAGUGUUUUAGGGUUAUUGUUCUAAUUUUAGCCUAAAUUUCACUGAAGUGUGGCACAUCCAUUGGGAAAUCUGCUCAAAAAGUCAAAUUUUGUGAUUUACAUUUUAUGUUUAAAGAUUUCUUCAACACAAAACUUACAAACUUGCUAAAAUACUGUUAGAUUACAUCGCAAUAUAAACAAAUCAAAAUUUAAACUUCAUUUAAAUUUUUUUUCAUCCAAAAAAAAAAAAGAAUGUAUAAAUAAGCAAGGAAGCAAAGCAACUGUUAACUGUACCGUUAGAUCCAUAGUGAUGGAGGACAACCAUGUAUUGUAAAUGCCACUUGUUUUGUUUCAAUUAUUUAAUGUUUCAUGCUAAUUUUUUAAUUUUUACUUUUGUCUAAAAAAACUAUUCUAACUUAUCAAAACUAUUAUUAUAUAGCAUUGUUGCUUUGUUAAACAGCUUGUAGUUUUUUUUUUUGUUACAUCUAUGCAUUAAUUUACACUUUUUAUAGUGGUUAAACAGGCUAACUGUGUUUCAUUUUUUACUUAAGGCAGAUAUUUGUUCAGUCUUUGAGCUAAAAUUGGUUGUGUUGCCACUUUGUAUUGUUAUAUAAUGUAAUGUUGAGAAAUCUGUAUAUUAUUUGAUCUUUGUAUUUUCACUGUGUGUAUACUUAGGGAUGGUAAUUGUUUAUUGUUAGUUUUGUAUAUUAGUUAUUUAUAUUUAGUACUUAUAAGCCAUUUUUACUUAUGUUGAUACCAGCUUUUAAAAUUAUGCUCAUUUUUUUGGUUUCAUUUUGACAAAAAGCUCCAGUUUAUAUCACAUUUCAGAUUAUGAAUAAAUGUGUAAUAUCAUACUUUUUAUAUAGUAAAAGGUGUUUGUUUCAAUGGCGUGUACACAUUUGAAGUUUCUUAGUUGCAGCUUCUUCUCAUAGGUAAUUACAUCUAUUUAGACAUUAUAAUAUGUUAAUUAUAAUAUCAACUUUGUUGGUGUUUUUGUAAGAACAAUUUAAUUACCAAAUUACAGCUCAAAUAAAAAAUUUUGUAAUUGCAUUUUUAUGAUUGGUUAGUUUUAAAAAUCUCAUUGUUCAAUAUUCUAAAGUUUAAUUUUUGUAAGUAUUCAAUCUUAGAUAUAUUUUAAAUCACUUAAAGCUAAAUAUUUAUGAUCUCUUUUAUUUAUUGCUAAUUAUUUCCUUAGUUUAUUGUUAGCUUUAUUAUAAAAAUUAAGUUUUAAGAAAGCCUUAUAGAUUUUUCUUCAUGCUUUUUUAAAAUGAUUGGCAAACCAUAUAUUUAAAAAAAUUGUAUAAGUCUGUUACUCCAGAUUUUAAUUAUUUCUUUAUAUGUUUAAUGCUAAUCUGUUAUGUUAUUUAGCUUGUUUUGGUAUUAUUUGCACUGCAUGACAGUCCUUUGUAUUUGUGUUAUUUUACUUUUAUUUCUUUUUCAUAUUUGCAUUUUUGUAAUUUCAUACAAGGUUAAAAAGUUUAAAAUAUAAAAGUAAAUAUAAUUAAAAUCUUUACAGCCAUUGAAAUUUAAAUCUAUGAUAUUGCUUACUUAAUUUUUCAAAUCAUCCAAAAGAAUUUUUUUUCCCAAAAUAAUAAACAGUGGGUAGGGGGGUGUUAAAGCAAUGAAGCAAGUUGAAAAAGAAAAUAAGGUAAUAUGUUAACUUUUAUAAAGAAAAAUUUAGUAAAUUUCUUCUGUGUUUAUGUAAAUUAAACAUUGCCAAAACAGAACUGAACAAAAUUAAGAUGUUCAUAGCACACUAGUAUUUUACCCUGCCAUUGUAGAUAAUGAUAGAAUGUGUGGGUUUUUUUGUGUUUGUGUGGAGACAUUUAAAAAUAAGCAUAGAUGUCUGUCUAUUAUUUGAUUGAUUCUAGUCUCACGUUUCUCAUUUUUUAAAAUGAUCUUAUAAAGUUGAUGUUUUACAUGAUGAUAGCAUUAUUAUUUAUCUGUGACAAAAUGUGUUUUUUUUCUAUUUGUUUUUUUGAAACUUAUACAUUAGUUUGUAUGUUUUUGUGAAAAAAAAAAUUAAAAUUACUUUUUUUUUUUCAAAUUCUUGAACAUAAGUUUUGAGUCGUAAGUCAACUUACAUCCACCCAGUUUACAAAUGUUUGUGUAACAUUUUUCUCUCCUUGUCCCACAGUGUCUCAAGUAUACUGAUUAAAUAUAUAUCUUUAAAAUUUAUAUUAUAACAAUAAUCAUGUAAAUAUAAGAAUGUUUAGAUUAAGAAAAUUAUUUAGCCAUCUUAAAAAGUUUUAUUUUUUAUUUAUGUGCAAAAAGUUUGUAUUAAGAAAAUCUUCACCAGCUUCAGUAGUGUCAGCUUACCACAUUGACCCUGUUUUAUUCCAUGUACCAUAUUUGAUGAGGAUAUAUCUUCAUGUCUAAAAUAGAUUGGGUGGGGAGGAGAAGGAUGAAUGUCCUUCUAAAUUUUUUUUUCUGUAUCUUUUUUGUGUCAUUUUGUGUGUGAUUUCAGAUGUUUUCAAAAAAUUACUGUUAUGCCACUGGAUUUGAAAAAUGUUAAUAAAUAUUAUAAUUAUGUGGUGA